CUUGCUCUUGGGAGCCAGUGGUAUGGCGUCAGGCUGCAAGAUUGGCCUGUCCAUCCUCAACAGCGACCUGGCCAAUUUAGGGGCCAAGUGCCUCCGGAUGCUAGACUCUGGGGCCGAUUAUCUGCACCUGGAUGUAAUGGAUGGGCAUUUUGUUCCCAACAUCACCUUUGGUCACCCUGUGGUAGAAAGCCUUCGAAAACAGCUAGGCCAGGACCCUUUCUUUGACAAGCACAUGAUGGUGUCCAAGCCAGAACAGUGGGUAAAGCCAAUGGCUGUAGCAGGAGCCAAUCAGUACACCUUUCAUCUCGAGGCUACUGAGAACCCAGGGGCUUUGAUUAAAGACAUUCGGGAGAAUGGGAUGAAUGUUGGCCUUGCCAUCAAACCAGGAACCUCAGUUGAGUAUUUGGCACCAUGGGCUAAUCAAAUAGAUAUGGCCUUGGUUAUGACAGUGGAACCGGGGUUUGGAGGGCAGAAAUAGGAAGAUAUGAUGCCAAAGGUUCACUGAUUGAGGACCCACUUCCCAUCUUUGGAUAUAGAGGUCGAUGUUGGAGUAGGUUCUGACAAUGUCCAUAAGUGUGCAGAGGCAGGAGCUAACAUGAUUGUGUCUGGCAGUGCUAUUGUGAGGAGUGAAGACCCCAGAUCUGUGAUCAACCUAUUAAGAAAUGUUUGCUCAGAAGCUGCUCAGAGACGUUCUCUUGAUCGAUGCAACCAUAAGGAGCCCAAUGUUUCUGUUCAUGAAAUCUCCCUUUUACUGGAAAACAGGAAUAUUGACUACCAAAUCAUAAUGCAAUUGAAGCCGUACUGCUUUUUUGAGCAGUAAUUCAUUCCAGUGAUUAAAACUGAUUGUGCAGAAUAUUCUAAGAGGUCAGAAAUUGGUGUGUAUAACUACAUUUUUAGUGAUG